AUAAACACACAAUUCAUGUCUAUGCUAACACAAAACUAAAGAUUAAAGAGUCAUUGCAAAUAGAGAGUAAUGGAGAUUAAGGUUGUAGAAAAUGGAAACAAGUCUAAUGAGCAAAAGGUUCCUCUGCUGCAAGAUUUGCCAAUUCCUAACCCAGAAGGGAAAUCUCUGAUUCAGAAAGCUAUUAGUGAGACAUUUAAAAGCACAGCUCAUUUGGCUAAUCUUUUACCAACAGGAACAGUUCUUGCUUUCAACUUGUUGUCGCCCGUCUUCUCGAACCAAGGCAACUGCGAUUCAGUUAGCAGAUUCAUGACUGCAGCAGUAGUGACUCUCUGCGGCUUGUCUUGUUUCUUGUCUAGCUUCACUGAUAGCUUUAGAGACAAGAACGGAAAUGUCUGUUAUGGUUUUGCUACAUUUCGUGGGUUAUGGAUUAUUGAUGGGUCGGCUACUCUUUCACCUGAACUUGCUGAUAAGUAUCGGUUGAGGUUUAUCGAUUUCAUUCACGCACUUAUGUCGAUACUUGUUUUCGGAGCUGUGGCGUUAUUUGAUCAGAAUGUGGUGGCUUGCUUCUAUCCCAAACCUUCAACCGAAGCUCUGGAGGUUCUAACGGCAUUGCCAGUGGGGAUCGGUGUGAUUUGCAGUAUGUUGUUUGUUGUUUUUCCUACACAGCGCCAUGGAAUUGGAUUCCCUCUCUCUGCUAUUUGAUAACUGUUGAAAUUGUCCUAUACAUAUACUAGCUCCAUAUCCAUCCAAUCCUUCUGUUUUUGUUGUUAUUUCUUUGUUUUUGUUUUUAUUUCUUGCAUCAGACUGAAAAGGGACAAAGAAUACGAGUUGAUUCUUUUUAUUCGACGUCAUAUUCCAUUCUAUUGUAAUAAAUUGUAUAAUGUUGAGCGUGUAGAAACAGAACGCUGUGCUUUCAAAUAAAAGCAUGCGUGGUAUUAUGCAA